AGAGCACCGUUUGAUCAUUCUCCAUUUUCCAGAGCUUCACAAUCUCUCUAUCUCCCUCUCGAGUUCUCUCUCCUGACCUCAACAGUCUGCACGGUCGAACGCUGGUUCGGUCGGUUUUUUUCAUUCGGGCUCUCUUCAGGGCUUGGCAUUGUUGUUCUGUUUUGAUCAGUUGUCAGGGGUUGCGAUGACGAUCAGAACUCCCGGGACACCAUCUUCGAAAAUAGAUAGGACACCGGUGUCAACCCCUGGUGGGACGAGAUCUAGAGAAGAGAAAAUCGUGGUUACAGUCCGGUUACGGCCACUGAACAAGAGGGAGCAGCUAGCUAAGGAUCAGUUGGCAUGGGAGUGUGUCGAUGACUAUACGAUCGUGUACAAACCACCGUCUCAGGAACGCGUGACUCAACCGGCUUCGUUCACAUUCGACAGGGUCUUUGGUCCUUCUAGUUUGACGGAAUCCGUGUACGAGGAAGGAGUCAAGAAUGUAGCUUUGUCUGCUUUGAUGGGCAUAAAUGCGACGAUAUUUGCCUACGGUCAAACUAGCAGCGGGAAGACAUACACAAUGAGGGGCAUAACCGAGAAAGCGGUUCACGACAUAUAUAAACAUAUUAUGAAUACACCAGAGAGAGACUUUACGAUAAAGAUCUCCGGGCUAGAGAUUUAUAAUGAGAACGUCCGCGAUUUGUUAAAUUCUGAAUCUGGGCGUAAUCUUAAACUUCUCGAUGAUCCUGAGAAAGGAACUGUUGUUGAGAAGUUGGUCGAGGAGAAGGCAAAUGAUGACCAGCACCUAAGACAUUUGAUAAGCAUUUGUGAAGCUCAAAGACAAGUCGGAGAAACUGCUUUGAAUGAUACGAGUUCCCGGUCACAUCAGAUUAUAAGGCUGACAAUUGAGAGCACUCUCCGUGAGAAUUCCGAUUGUGUGAGAUCGUUUGUUGCAAGCCUGAACUUUGUGGAUCUUGCUGGAAGUGAAAGGGCUUCUCAGACGCACGCAGACGGUGCUCGGCUCAGGGAAGGCUGCCAUAUCAACCUCAGUUUGAUGACUUUGACUACAGUAAUUAGAAAGCUCAGUGUCGGAAAAAGGAGUGGCCACAUACCGUACCGAGAUUCAAAGCUCACACGCAUUUUGCAGCACUCUCUAGGAGGAAAUGCACGGACGGCAAUCAUCUGUACUCUGAGCCCUGCGCUGACCCAUGUUGAUCAAUCUCGAAACACUCUUUACUUUGCAACCCGAGCAAAGGAAGUAACUAAUAAUGCUCAAGUGAACAUGGUUGUCUCAGAUAAGCAACUAGUGAAGCAUCUGCAGAAAGAAGUUGCCCGGUUGGAAGCUGUGCUGCGAACUCCUGAGCCAUCGAAGGACCUAAAGAUCCAACAGAUGGAAAUGGAGAUCGAAGAACUAAAACGCCAGAGAGAUCUUGCACAAUCACAGGCGGAUGAGUUGCGAAGGAAACUUCAAGAGGACCAGCAGGGUUCAAAUGCACUUGCAGCAUCAUCCCACCCACCUGUGAAGAAAUGCCUUUCUUUUGCCAGUACGCCAUUAUCGAAUGGAGGCAAGGAGCUGGUCAGCAAUGAUCGACCGAGGAACAUGAGCCUAAGAAUGUCAAUGAGGCAGUCAUCCACAGCGCCCUUUACACUAAUGCACGAGAUUCGCAAGCUUGAGCAUCUCCAGGACCAGCUCAGAGAGGAAGCAAACCGGGCCUUGGAGGUGCUGCAGAAGGAAGUGACGUGCCACAGGCAAGGAAACCAGGAUGCAGCUGAGACAAUUGCUAAGCUGCAAGCAGAAAUAAGGGAGAUGUGUGCAGUCAGGUCGAAACCGAAGGAAGUUGAAGUCGAGAAUAUGAUCCCUACUAAUAAAAGUGUGAGUGCCAACCUGAAGGACGAGAUAACGAGGCUUCAUUCCCAGGGCAGCACAAUUGCGGACCUCGAAGAGCAGCUCGAGAAUGUGCAGAAGUCAAUAGACAAGCUGGUGAUGUCUCUUCCAAGCAUUCAGAACUCGAACAGCGAAUCGACUCUCAAGCCCAAGAAUCAGCCGAAGAAGAAGAAGUUACUUCCUUUGGCAGCAAGUAAUAGCUGCAAUCGAUCAAAUUUCAUAAUGUCUCCUUGCUCUCCUCUUUCCACUCCUCAUCAAGUUGCAGAGAUUGAUAUAGAAAAUAGAGCCCCGGAGAAUAACAUUGAUGUUGCUGCAAAUGAUGCUAUGCACGACUCCGAGAAAGAGACACCCACGAAAAGUGAAGGAGGAGAAGUCCAAGCCAAGGAAGGAGGGCAUACAGGGUAUCGAAGAUCAAGCUCAGUAAACAUGAAGAAAAUGCAGCAGAUGUUCCAAACUGCAGCUGAAGAGAACGUGAGAAGCAUCCGAGCAUAUGUUACCGAGCUGAAAGAACGCGUCGCCAAACUACAAUACCAGAAACAGCUACUUGUUUGUCAGGUGCUUGAGCUGGAAGCAAAUGAAGCAGCCGGCUACAAUCUAGAUGGUGAUGAGAUCAACAACGAGGCCGACGAGCCGAAGGUCCCGUGGAGCGUGGCAUUCAAGGAGCAGCGGCAGCAAAUCAUCGAGUUAUGGGACAUGUGCUUUGUGUCGAUAAUUCAUAGGACGCAGUUCUAUUUGUUAUUUAAGGGGGAUCCAGCGGAUCAAAUCUAUAUGGAGGUUGAGCUGCGGCGUUUGACUUGGUUGCAGCAGCACCUCACAGAACUCGGAAAUGCGAGCCCGGCUCGUGUUGGUGAUGAACCUGUGAUCUCACUAUCAUCAAGCAUUAGAGCGUUGAGACGGGAACGCGAGUUUCUGGCGAAGAGGCUGACGUCGCGUCUAACGGCAGAGGAGAGGGAAGCUUUGUACCUCAAAUGGGAUGUCCCACUCGAGGGGAAGCAGAGGAAGCUGCAGUUCAUAAGCAAGCUGUGGGCGGAUCCUCACGAUCCCCAGCAUAUACACGAGAGCGCCGAGAUCGUGGCAAAGCUUGUCGGGUUUUGCGGGAGCGGGAACAUGACCAAGGAGAUGUUCGAGCUGAAUUUUGUUCUUCCAUCGGAUAAGAGACCAUGGAUCAUGGGAUGGAACCCGAUCUCGAACCUGCUUCACUUGUGAUAUCCCCAAACUGUAAAGUAAGUCUGUUUUCUUUGACAAAAUGUAAAAGAACUCGGACGGAGCUCUCCGACGAGUUCUCACUCUUGAGAGAGGUGGUGAGGAGGAUAGAGAUCGCGCUCUGGACGACGGCUUUUGAUACCGUUCUACCAUAUAAUUUAUGUUGAAAUAAAUAGAAAUGAUUCUUUCAUUCCAUUAUCUAAUGGAUUUCUAUUUCAUUCUGAAGAACAAUUCCCACAACUGAAGAAGGCCUUUGACAGACAUAUGGAAUACUGAUACUUAGUACAUUA